CCGCAGCUCCGCUCCACACAGUCGCAGCCUGCCUCCAGCGCACGGCGCACGGCGGUCGCGGAGUCGAGUCGCGGCGCGGGGACACGGGGGUCUCUAGGGACACGGCCGCGCACCACGCACGCGUCGGGCCUCGAACCGCCAUCCGGACAUGCGAGUUACAACGCGACCACAGCCUGCGCAACGCCACAGAGACUGCCGAGGCUGAAGGACUCAGGACGGGUCGGACGAGGGAGUUCGCCAUGGGGACCACACCGGGGGCGAGAAGGCCUUGGGCUGCUCUGCUGCUGGUGGCCGUCCUGACCGUCUUGGCCGUCUCGGAGGCCCGCAGGCCGAUCAGCGCCUCCACCAAGUGCGGCACCGCGCGCGUGGCCAUCUCCGUGUCGCCCCUGCUGCGCAGCAAGGAGAUGAGGGUGCUGGAGCUGUCGUGGAGCUACGACCGCGCCCUGCCCGGCGACCGCGUGGCGCUGUACGACUACGACCCGGUGGCGAGGCGUCAGUGGGGCGACAGCCGUCGCCGCAAUGAGCCCGUCCCUGACCAGGACGCCGGCGCCGUCCCCGCCAGCCCGCACUACACCGAGUUCGACUACAACGCGCGGCCCGGCGCCGGGCCGCAAGGCCUGCCGCAGGGCGGCUGGAACGCCGGCGCGGCGCCGGGGUCGCUGCCGGGGUCGCUGUCCGGGCCGGGGACUUCCCUGUUCCCCGCCGGCUACCCCCGCGACGCGUUCAGCGGGCGCGCGCGGCGGGCGGCUGACGGCGUCCUCGAGGACCGAGUCGAGGACGGUCCCCCGCUGGCCGUGGUGUCCACGGACGGCAUGCCGAGCGGCUGGCGGGCCACCAACGUGCAGGAGAGGCACACGCCGUCCUCGCAGCUCGGCUACACGUCGCGCUGCCUCAGCUACUGGGCCGCGUACGAGCGGCCGCUGGCCGGGCCCAGCGACAACAGGAGCGACGUGCUGGCGGUGACGUGCCUGCGCACCAGGCCCACCUGGAUGGCGGACUUCCGCGCCGAGCUGGGCCGCCUGCGGCUGGUGGACCUGUUCAUCCCCGGCACGCACGACUCGGCCUCCGUGCAGGAGGACGGCCGGCAGAACAUCAUCGACAGAUACACCGUGACGCAGGACGAGAGCAUCCUCGGCCAGCUCAUCUACGGCGUUCGGUACAUCGACCUGCGCGUCGGCUUCUACUCCAGCAAGGACAAGCAGUGGUGGGCCAACCACGGCGUGGUGCGCAUGCAGCCCCUGCAAGGCGUGCUGUCGGACAUCAAGGCCUUCGUGGGCAACACCGACGAGAUCGUCAUCCUGGACGUCCAGAACUUCCCCGCAGGCUUCGGCAAGGACAACAAGGUGCACCUCAAGCUGGUGCACCUGCUGGAGACGGAGCUGGGCGAGAUGAUGGCGUACCGGGACCACGGCCAGGGCUGGGGCUCGCGCCUGGAGGACAUCUGGUCGUCGGGGCGGCGCCUCAUCGUGGCGUACGACAAGGAGGACGUGCUGCCCGCGUCGCGCAAGCUGUGGCCCGCCGUGCGCCAGUUCUGGGGCGACGCGCAGACGGCCGAGCAGCUCACGCGGUACGCGUCCACCAUCAUGUCGCAGCAGUACAUCCGGGGCUUCGCGUGGGCGCUCAUGGCCGAGCUCACGCCCAACGCGCGCCUCAUCGCGUCCAACCCCACGGGGUCGCUGCGCCGCCUGGCGCACCAGAUCAACCGCAACGUCACGUCCUGGGCCGAGGGGCCCUGGGGCGAGCUCAUCAACACCCUGGCCGUCGACUUCGUGCGCUCCACGGGGGUCGUGGAGGCCGCUAUCUGGCACAACCUGAGGCGCAGCGGCGUGGACAUCUGCGACGCCUACAGGCUGCUUGACUCCGUGUAGUGUGGACAGUGUACCGCGUCCACCUCCACCUCGCUGGAGCCUGGAACCGCAUCGUUAGUGCCGUGCCAACCAAGACGUGGCGCCAUCCUCAUCUGUGAUAUAGUGUAGUCUACUUAAGGAAAAACCACUUUUUUAAUGAAAUUAUGAAUUUUGUACACUAGAGAGUGAUGUGAGGAAACAUGGGCAAAGAAACAAAAAAAAAUCCAACAUACAUUUCAUGAGUUUAUUUAUUUGCUGAAUACAUAAGGCAACAACUAUUUGUAAAAAUCUAUUGUCAUGACCAGACAUAAAACAAAUCAAAUAAAUAAUUGGUUCAGAAAUCAA